AUGGAGGCCGACUCAGCACACAACCGCUACCGUUCUCGCAUUCUGCGGGAAAUGAACGCAAAUCGCGACAAUCCAUUCAACUCCCCGCCUUCUUCGACAGGCUCCCACGGCACCGUCAGCCCGACCAUGUCCUCUGUUUUCUCAGAACCCGACGGAGAAUCCACCCGCAGACUCAACGAAGAUAUUGCUCGGAUUAUUGGUCCUACUGGUGGCAAGAUACAAGUAGACUUGGAUGCUGCCCACCGCAAGUGGCCCGAAUUCUACGGCAAGCCGAAGGCCAAUGUCGAAGCAAGACACAACCACCCCGCUCCCAAGUCCACAGGCUCAUUCCGUCACAAGGACACCGUCUCCCAUAAGGCUAUUGUCCAGAAAUAUCUCUCCAACAUGGAUGACGACUCCACGGACAUGACUUGGCAGGGUUCUAAGCGGACGCGUGCUGAAAUGCAGCCCCGCGUCGAAGACAACGAGUCCGAUAUGUCAGCGAACAUGUCCAAGUCACCUUUCCGAUUCGAUAUCAAUGCCGACAGCUUCAAGUUCAACCCUCAACAGCAGAUGAACCGUAGUCCCUUGUCAAGAGGACACGCUCGAUCAGCAUCUGGCAAUCACAAGUCAGCACGGCGAUCUUCCUACGCCGCCAACACGGACCGACGGAAGUCAGACUUCCUGGCUCCCCCAACACAAGCCACCCCGAAGCAGACCACGGCCGACAACGUCCAUACAAAUAAGUCUACGCCUGUCACAUUCAACACGAUCCGAAGCACGUUCCCUUCGCCGGCCACUACCGAUAGCCCGGCACAAAAUGGCGCCACGUCACGCUCUUUCUUCAUGCCCGAUAUCUCUCACCUCAAUGACUUCAUCUCCGGCAACUUGCGCUUCAAUGGCGCAGUGAAGAAUGGCGUCCCAGUCUUCGUGAAGAACGGACAAGUGCGGGACCGCAUUGAUACCUUGCCGCCCAAUGACCAUGCCGAGGUGGACGGCCUUGCGAUUCCCGAGGAUGAAGAGAAGAUAUUCGUGUCUAUGGAUAUGAUCCGGAACGAGAUUUGCAAUCUUCAGGAGCACGAUGAUUUAGUUCAGCAGCAUGCAGUAGAGCUCGAGAAUCAGGUGGACCAUCUUCAGACCGAAUUGAAGCGCAUCAAGGGCCGCAAGUCUAUCGAUAGUGCCCUCGGGUCCCGGACAGGCUCAGAGCCGGAAACGGCUGGCGAGGAGCGCUAUCAGACACAGAAGCUGAAGUUGGAAUCGCAGGUAACAUCUUUGCAAGCACGCUUGGACCAGGCAAGCACCCGGCUCGGCAUUAACGAGGUCGAAAAUAACACCUUGUCUUUGGAGCGAGACCGGGCUUUAAAGAAGCUUUCAGACGCCUGUAUGCAAAUCGGCGAUCUCAUGGAUCAACUCGAAAUCAAGGGAAGAGAACUCCAUGAGACCCAAGAUAAGCUCAAUGCCACUCUGGAGUUUACCAACCAGCAAGAGGUGUUCCGUCAGGAGAAGCAAAGCCACGAGGUCCAGUCCGCCGAUAACAAAGCUCUUCAGGAAGAGAACCAGACCAUCCGCAAGGAACAGGAAACUCUGCAACAGGAAAUGGAGUCUCUGCGGACAGACAACAACUCUCUGAGGCGCGAGCAAGAAUCUCUUAUCAACGAGAACAGGUCUUUGAGGGCUAAUGCGCGAUCGCUCAUGUCCGAGAACGAGGAGCUUCGCCAGACCACGACCAAUGCCAAGGAGGAUCUCGAGGCAGCCCGCGAUGAAGUCGAAGCCUUGCAGGUUGAGCUUCACACCAUGGAGCAAGAGAAAUCCACUCUCAAGGAGGACAACGAUAGCCUCGUUCGCCACAACGAGAAAUACUUCAACGAGAACAAGAUCCUUCGCCGCGAAAACUCGGGUUUCGAGCGCAGCAUUCACGACCUUCACGACGAGAAUAUGCAAUUGAAGGAGGAGAUUGAGUUCCUCAAGCAGCAGCUCGACCAUUGCCGUCCUCUCGGAAAGACGGAUGACUUUUCCGUGCGUCUGGAUAAGGGAGUUGACGACGAGGAAACGGAGGAGAACAUGACUUCGGCGUUCUUCAUGCCGGACAUUACGAUUGACAGCACACAAAACUCGAGGGUUCUCGAUUUCACCCCUGAGCCGAAGAAGAUCCAGAGGCAAGCGACGCCAGGCAGGAAGGCUGCCGAGAUUCAGGACACCACUGAGCAGACAGAUCGCAGUGUUAAUGAGCUUGACCACACUGUUCAGAGUCAACAGAGCUCCGUCGCAGCCGAGGGUCGUUCUAAGAGACGAGACUCCACCCACCGUGCGCAGGACUCGACCAGUCAGCAGAAGGUGUCCUUCUCUCUCCCCGAACGGUUGGCAGCGAGUUCCAAAUCCAAGAGCGCGAGGGAAAAGAGCAGUAAGGCCUCCAACACUGCCAACAAGGGUAGCAAGAGGAGCAUCUCUGCCCAAUCCACUCCCAAGAGCUCUUUCAAGGGGGCUUCUCUCCCCGAUCUCGACCCGUUCCAAGCCGAUGACGAGGGCAACAUGCAAUCGCCCGAGCACACCCAGACGCAGACUCACUCCAUGGUGAUCGACAUGAAGACGAAGAGCAAAAAGGAGUCUCGUACUGUCCACCAAGAAACAACGAACACCACCCGAAACUUGACUAGCCAGAGCCAGAAGUCAUCAAAGUCCACAACAAAGCCUUCCAAGGACAAGUCCAUUACCGUCGAUCUGAUUACGCAGGGCGGGCUAGACCAUACCUCGACUACUGAUGUCAAGGGCAACUGUCCUGCUUUGACCUCCGACGCUCGACGUGUCCUGGAUAGCUUGGCCGGACACAGCUGUAAGAACUGCAUUGUGUGCACUCGGAUCAAGGCUCAUCGGGGAACGAUCACUUCUGCCGACAUUGCUGAGGGAAAGAAGCGAGUGAAGAUCUCUAGGCCCGUUGCUCCCUCGGAUCAGUAUAAGACGCUGGGCACUGCCGCGGACGACCUCACAAUGCGUCCUUCUCAGCCUCCUGGACAUGCUUUGGCGAAGGUCAUCAAGGGUCUCGAGGAUGAGCUGGAGCACAUGAAGAUGGAACACGCCAAGAUGCAGGCUCGAUACGAUAACCACAACCCUGCUCUUGCGGAGACGAAGCGCAAGCAGCUCAAGACAAACAUUGACGCCAAUAUGAACGCGCAGGAGGUCAAGAACGGCCAAAUCUACGCACUCUAUGAUGUGCUCGAGGGACAGAAACAGGUUGGACAGGAUAUGUCGGAUGAAGAGCUCGACUUCACUAUCUUCAGUAUUACCGGAUUGAGUGUUAGAGACAUCACUGACCAACUCACUUGGGAGGGCAUUCAGGGUUAG